GCUCAUCGGAACAAGUCGGUUUCUCUCUAGGAAUAUAUGUUUGCCCGCUGUGCUAACCGCGGGAACUAGUGUCAGUGUUGAAAUACGAUAUAGUGACACUCAUAUCAGCUGUAAUCAUUUAUAUCGGAGGAAUAUGGUGAUCUUAUGUGCAACAUAAUCAGAUUACUUAAGAUUCAAAGGCAUAUGACCUUAGUCCCUGUGAAGUGCAGGCUCUUAUAGAUUGGGUUUAUAUUUUCGGAAUGAGUGGAUUAAGUUGUGCCGGGGAGAAGCAUCUUCAACUCCCGAAGGACAUAAUUCGAAGCGAUGGACUGAAGGCAGGAAAAUGACAUGGAGCAGAUUGUCGUGUGCAGAAUAUGAAAUCCUUUUGCUUGUCCCAUCACGUUCGUAGUGCCGUUGAAGUCAUCCUGUUAUACACAAAUCGUUUUACCGGUGAAACGAAGCGAACAAACUGAAUCAAUGGGGAGGUCGAACCACGCAGUCAAGAUGGAAUUUUCAAGAGAUGACUCUUCAUAGCAUGUGAUUUCUACACUGUGCGGGCUGGGCGAACAGACGAACGGACGGUGGUUUCUAGAUAGUGGGAUUCCUUCCAAAUUCUUUGUAAACAAGCCGAGAGUGAGAAGUUGCUGGAUGUGUGAAUAUGCAAAUUGAAGCAGCUAAAAUCCCCUCUGGUGUUGACAUGAACGCUUUUUUCAGUUUCAACGAAUCGUGCGGGGUAACUGAAAAGCUGCCUCAUAACUUUCCUCGGCUGUGAACCGUGUUGCUCCAAUUAGUGGAAGCAGAAGAAAAGUGGACGCUGGAACACGAAUCAUGGGAGGCAAACCAUAAAAUAUUACACAAGUGUAUUUCACACAAAUCAGAACCGAUACUGAGAGUGUCUUUAUAUACUCUGAGAGCCACGUAAAUAGGAUUAAAAAGCAUCAAUAGCACACAAAAACUAUGUUCUAAUUGAAUUCAAUGAGGAGAAAAUGCCUCUACUGGGACUAUUCUGAAGAAGAGCAUUAUGUUGGAAGGAAAGAUGAACGUGACAGAAGUAGGUCAGUUGGCGAUGAACGGAACUGAUUCGUUCAACGUCGCCGCCACCGGUGCCAAUAAUAGUGCGAUACGUGAGCUACUCUACUGUGGCCAAGGACUGGACGACUUCCACACAAGCUACUCCAACAUCCACGGUAUAGUGUGUCUUCUGGUGUGCAUCUUCGGCAGCAUAGCGAAUAUCCUAAACAUUAUGGUUCUAACGAGACGAGAGAUGCGCUCACCGACGAAUGCCAUUCUAACGGGGUUAGCCAUUGCCGAUUUGCUGGUAAUGCUAGACUACCUGCCCUAUGCCGUCUACAUGAGUCCGUAUACAAAAUUUUCUCGGGAGGAACGACUCACCUACAGUUGGAGUUGGUACGUCAUAUUUCACUCUAUUUUUGCCCAAGUUUGUCACACUAUUUCAAUCUGGCUGACAGUGACGUUGGCGGUUUGGCGUUAUAUUGCUGUGGCUUAUCCACAGAGAAACCGCAUAUGGUGUAGCAUGACAAACACUCUAAUCGCAAUCACAAGUUCCUAUAUUGUCUGCCCGUUGCUUGGCAUACCACUAUAUCUAACAUUUAGCAUAAAACCACACGUGGAAAUUCUAGGAGGUGAUGGAAAUCCUUAUAAAGCGAUUAGUAACGGGCCAGCAAGAAACGUCACCCUCUACAGAACUCUUCCCUCCGAGCUAGCGGAGAAAAGCCCGGUGAUGCUGAAUGUGAAUUUCUGGAUAUAUAGCGUCGUGAUAAAGCUAAUUCCAUGUAUUGCUCUUACGAUUCUCAGCCUGCGGUUAAUUGCUGCACUGCUGGAAGCAAAGCAUAGGCGGAAACAGUUAACGGGUAAUUCGAAAGGCAUGAAGCAAAUAGUCGACGGGCGGGUUGUUGAUGUAGAGCAAAAGAAAAAUUGCAAACACAUGGACAAGGAAAAGCAAACGGAUCGCACCACUCGAAUGCUGUUGGCGGUUUUGCUACUCUUCCUCAUCACAGAAUUUCCACAAGGCAUUCUCGGGUUGUUGAGUGCGCUGCUGGGCAAGCACUUUUUCUACAACUGCUAUUUGAAGCUUGGUGACCUAAUGGAUGUACUUGCUCUUAUAAACUCCGCCAUAAAUUUCAUUCUCUACUGCUCGAUGAGCAGACAGUUUAGAAACACCUUUAAUUACUUGUUUCGUCCGAAAUGUCUCGACAAGUGGAUGGCGGUGCCACAGACUGAUGAUGGAACUCCCACGGGUCGACGCAAUCAGGAGGGUGGCACCACCCAAAUCACUCAGAUCUAGCAAUCCAUGGGACAUCCAGACCGCCGUCAUUGCUGUUCGAGAUCACUGGAGAGGGUUGUCAGUUGGGUUUCAUUCAGCAAACAACGCACAGCAACUAUCCCGACGGAGUGUGCGGUGCUAUAGCGAUGGCACCUAGCAACCGAAUGACGAAGGAUGAUGGAAAUGGGCCUGCAAAUGGUGUGACUUAAUUAACACCAAUUGUAUAAACACCAAACAAACACAGAACAACCGACGAGAUGCAGAAUAAACACAAAGUCCGCAAUUAAUCCGAUCUAACACUACCUCCGAUUCAAGCAACGAUGUUUUCUGCGAUAAUAUUUCGAGUGAGGAAAUCCCUUGGCUUCAUCCGUCCCAUAAAUCUGGGUGACGGGCCUGAGUGUAAAUAAUCUUGACACUUGUUUAGCAAGAAAGUCAUGGCAGUAGUAAUACGAGCCUCACUUGUUGCCAUCGGUUAACCUUUGCUUGUUGUAAAAUUAGUGUGGUGUGACGAUGAAUGAAUCUGAUUACAGUUCAUGAAUAGCUAAUAUUUGGAACCAAAGGAUUUCUAACAAAUACAAAAUUACUUGUUGUGAUGACAGUGGUAAAUUAGUGAAUAUUAGACUUACUAUUUAUUUAAUUUUACAAUGAAAAUGUACAAACCAAAUAAAUGUUUA